GUUGGUGUCUCGUAUAAUUCGGCGCGGUUAAGAUGGGUUUAAUACCUCGAAUAGUGGUUACCCUAUGUGUAAUCGGAUUUUUAACGACCGUGUCAGCUCUCUCUUGGAAUACAGCGGAUUUGAACUCAACCAGCUCAGAUUGGCUCACAUCAGAGGCUAACGGAACUUCCGACCCAUGGACAACUCCAUCCUUGAACUGGACUACUACAGAUGCCUCAAAUGGAACUUCACCUCCCUGGAAUUGGACUGUUCCUGAACUGAAUAGUACCACACCAUCGUGGACAACUCCUGAUGUUAAUUGGACUGUACCUGAGGUGAACUCUACUGCAAAUUGGACAACUCCUGACUUCAGUAGCACAACACCUGUAUGGAAUUGGACUACUCCCGAUACAAAUGGAACUUCGCCUCCAUGGAAUUGGUCAACGCCGGACUUCCCGAGCACUUCUCCGCCAUGGAAUUGGACCACGCCUGAUUUUAAUGGAACAACGCCUUCCUGGAACUGGACAACUCCUAAUUUUAACGAGUCAACACCUUCCUGGAACUGGACCACCUCUUAUCCCACUGGAUCAACUCCAAAUUGGAAUUGGACUAAUCCUGAAAAUAACGGAACGUCACCUCCAUGGAAUUGGUCAACCCCCGAUUUCCCGAGCACUUCGCCGCCAUGGAACUGGUCUACACCUGAUUGGAAUGUAACUUCUCCUUCCUGGAAUUGGACAACUCCGAACUUUAACGAGACAACUCCAUCCUGGAAUUGGACCACAUCCAUUCCUACGGGAUCUACUCCAUCUUGGAAUUGGACCAAUCCUGAAAACAACGGAACAUCACCUCCAUGGAAUUGGACUACCCCUGAUUUUCCAAGCACCUCUUUCCCAUGGACAGCACCUGAAUUCAACGGUACAUCCCCGCCUUGGAAUUGGACGACCCCGAACUUCAACGAAACGACCCCUUCCUGGAAUUGGACCAAAUCCAUUCCCACCGGAUCCACGCCUUCCUCGAAUUGGUCAACCCCCAAUUUCCCAAGCACUUCCCCACCUUGGAACUGGUCAACACCCGAAAUCAACGGCACAACCCCCUCCUGGAACUGGACAACGCCCGAGAAUCCACAAACUUCUGAAGUCUGGAACGGAACUACACCGAGCCCUGCGAACACAACUACCCCAAUCUGGACAACAUCCAACUGGACCACCCCCGUAAACCCAACGGGUUCAACGCCAACAGCCAUUCCUUCGACUUCGACAACGGCCAACUUCCAGCCACUGCAGGUUUGGAGUACCAAUAAUUUCCCCUUCAGGAUCAUUGCUGACAUCGAACGAAUGCGUGCUAAUGAAGCGAUGCACAGAACGAAAGCUAGCCUGGAACGCAGACGAGCUUAUCGACGAAUGCGAAAAUUUGGAGUGCAUUAGUUUUCCCCGCGAAAGAGAAGUGAUUGUGAAUGUGAAACCUAAGCUGAGUGUUUUGUUGAUUAUGGAAAUAGAUAGUGUAGAUGCCGAUUUUACAA